GUUAAUCAUCAUUAGAAACUUCCCUGAACUCAGACAUCUGAACUCAGACGGUUUUGAAAUGUUGCAGAAAGACAUUUACUUAGUUUGUCUGCUUUUGUUGUUUAGUUUGAGCAGUAGUGGAUCAUUUAAAGACCCAAAUCCACAAAAUUCUGAUCGAGAUGCUUUUAGGGGAUCAGAUCAGUAUGAUUUUGCCAUUGUGCUGCCUGCUGCAGGCCUUCAGUGUUACUGGCACUACGCACAAUAUGGUGAGAGAUUCUACCUUAACUUUAUGGUCCAGUUGACCACUGGUGUGGCUCUUGACAGACAUCUCUCUGUGAUGGUCAAUGCUCCAAGCAGCUUAAUAGUCGGUAAAGCAGACGAUGCAAGCGGUCAGAUUGCCUUUAAUGCUGAAGAGACUGGUUUUUAUCAGAUGUGUUUUAGCAAUUUCCACAAUCGUUUUGGAAGUAUGCAGAUUUUCCUGAACUUCGGUGUGUACUCUGAGAAACAAAAAAACACUGAGAAACAAAAAGAAGAAGAAAUUAAAGAGAUUAACAGUACACUGUCCACAAUUGGGGAAAGCACCAACAGGGUGCAGAUGUUUGUCUUCCACAUGUGGCGUCACUACAACUAUGCGCGAAUGAGAAGAGGCGCUGACUUCUACCUGCUUCAGUCAAACUACAGUUAUGUGAACAGCUGGUCUGCUCUUCAGAGUCUGCUCAUCGUCACGGCCGGAUAUCUGCAGCUUUUCUUUCUAAAGAGACUCUUCAAAACCAACCAAACACAGGCCGAAAAACCACGGUGUUAAACAUCAGCAAUACAUGUGGAAUUGUGUGACUUUCUCUGAAUAAUACACUGUCUGAGCUGUU